AUGGCCUACGCAACUGACGCUGCACGAUGGCGAGCCCUCACAGUAAGAGAUGCUGACGCAAACGGCCAUUUCAUCUACUCUGUCAAAUCCACACGGAUCUACUGCCGGCCAACAUGUCCAGGACGAUUAGCGCGUCGGGCAAAUGUUGGAUUCUAUGCGACUCCGUUUGAAGCUGAGGCAGCUGGGUUCAGAGCCUGCAAGAGAUGCAAGCCAAAUACCGUACUUGAAGAUCCACAGGAGCGAGCGGUAGAGAAAGCAUGUGUAUUGAUCGACGAAGCCUUGAAGAAGGAGGACCCCAGCUCACUGAGACUGCAAGACUUAGCUAAGAAGGUCAACCUCACGCCUCGGUACUUCCACAAGAUCUUCAAAGACAAGACAGGCUUGACGCCAAAGGAAUACGCAAAGAAUAUUGCGGCCCAGCGCAACAGCCCCGGCACAAUAUCUGCUUCAACGACGAGUGCAGAUGAAGGGAACCAAUUGCGAGAUUGGGAUACAUUCGACUUCAAUGAUCUAGUUGAUAUGGGAGCAGACUCAAGUCCACUCAACAUGAACGACUUCAGCGUGCCCGAGGAGCACUCGUCUGCGAUUCAUCACGAUUUCAACUUCAACAUGAGCAAUCUCCUAGCGUCUUGGAGCGACAACUAUGCGUUCGACCAGUCUAUUUCCUGGCCGGCCGAUGCCUUCGUGGGUAGGCCAGCAAUGUCGGAACUCUAUGAGAGGGCGGAGUUACCAGUGUCAACACUUGAGCUGGAUGCUGCUGCGUUGCUCGACAGCAGUAGCAUGUCGAGUAGCCUGCGAAUAUAG